GCCGCGCAUGCGCCGAGGGUAUAAGCGGCGGACGGCAGACGGCAGCGGACUGGAGCCAUGGCCGGGCGGGGGAAGCUGAUCGCGGUGCUGGGGGACGAGGACACGGUGACGGGCUUCCUGCUGGGCGGGGUGGGCGAGCUCAACAAGCACCGCAAGCCCAACUUCCUGGUGGUGGAGAAGGACACGAGCCUGACCGAGAUCGAGGAGACCUUCCGGAGCUUCCUGGCCCGCGAGGACAUCGGCAUCAUCCUGAUCAACCAGUUCAUCGCGGAGCUGAUCCGGCACGUGCUGGACGGGCACACCCGCUCGCUGCCCGCCGUGCUGGAGAUCCCCUCCAAGGAGCACCCCUACGACGCCACCAAGGACUCCAUCCUGCGCCGCGCCCGGGGCAUGUUCACCGCCGAGGAUCUGCGCUAGGGGCCGCGCUGCCUGGCACCGCCCAUGCCGGCUCCCUCCCUCCCUCGGCGCGGCUGCUCCUGCAGUCCCUCGGGGCGAUGAAAAGCAUCUUCCACCCACCCCCCGGGGUGAACUGCGGCAGCCCCCUGUGCCGGGGCGUCCGGGCCCAGACUGGCUCCCCGGGGGCUCGUGUUGGGUCUAUGUGGCGCUCCUCCUCCUCCCCACCCUGCCCCUCUGACCCCCCUCUGGGGCUGCAAGGGCCUCCCACUGGCUGCCCCCAAACCCCUGUGUGCUGGGGGGCAGGGGCUGCUUGCCAGUUGGCAUAGGGGGGGUGCAGUGGUAAGGAGGGUGCCAGAGCUGGCCCAUGCCCCUUGCUCGGCCGCACCCCUCUUGUUUCCCAGGGCCCCGGCUCCCCCUGCCCUCCAUGUGCUGCCGGAUCCACCUCGUCUAUGUUCCUGUGACGGUUGAGCUGUUACAUUAAAUCAGAGUAGUCCCACCCCC